AUGUAUUACAAAUUUUUGGCUGCUCUAGUGGUACUAAUCGAAGUUGCUGAUACCACAGUGGAUGUGCUCGUGGCACCGGAUCUGACCGACGAUGAUAUUGACGAGAUUGUAACUAAUGUGCAGUUUUUAUCGGAUAAAUCGUUGACAGAUGAACAAAAACUGGAGAAGUGUAAAGAAUUGAGUAAAGAAGUGAACGUCACGGAGAACCCUGGAGCGACGGAAGAACUUCUUGAAUACUGCAAGGAAAGCGUCGAGCUUUACAAGUGGAUUAAGGAACAAGUAAAAAGCGCUACUCCCAAGGUCCAAAGCGUCUUGGAAAAGUACAUAAACAUGGCGAAAGAUGCCACGUUUUUGAAAAAACCUUUGGCGGAAAGGCAAAAAGAGGUUGACGCAGUGGUCACCAUUCUGAAUGAACAGGAGAAGAAGGAGUACAUGCAGCUGAAUGAAAAAAUCAAGGAAAAAGAGGAUGAGAUGCUGUCGAAGUUCAUGCCUGAGGAGGAAGAAGAGGAGAACAAGGAAUAGAUAGUCAAAUUAUUGUGAUAAGUGUUUGCUAAAAUUGUAAUGCGGAGUAAUAAAGUACGAGCAGCUUGGCUUACCUUGAUAACAUUGGGCAAAGGAAAAUUAAACGUGUUGUAGAG